GCUCCCGGCCCGCGUUCCUCUGCAUCCCGGGAGCCCGCGCUCUGUGGCCGCGGGGCGGGCACUGAGCUUUGGGGGCCAGGCUGGGAGCGAGGAGCGGCGCAGCGCGGAGGAGCCGCACUGCACCUGCGCCCGCGGGGGCCCCGCGCCGAGCCCUGCGGGCUGGUGUUGCGCUCCGGCUCUCUAAACCCACCAGGCUCUUUCCCGUAAAGGACUUGUGCCUCUCUGCGUCAGUACCCAAACACAGAGAGCUUUGGACGUGGUGACAUGCUGCUGAUUUGGAAAUGUCCUUUGGGAAACAGCGUUGGGGAGGUGAAUUUGGCUUUGGGGAAAUGAAAUGUAGGUUGGUAUUUGGAAAAGGUUUAAUCUCCUAUUAGCGCAGAUGUCUCUGAGUCAGUUUGUGAGCGCAUCUAUGGGGCGGGGAGGGGCGGGGAGAGAGAACGAACUACCCACAUACUAUUUUGGAUGGGGGAUUAACACCUAUGCCAGGUGCUUAGUCCACUAGUCCAUGGAAAGGAAGCUACAAAUCCAGUUUUAGGCUUUACUAGUAUUGGGGAAUUUGCCUUAAGGCAGUUGAAGCCUUGUGACUCACGACAAAGUCCAGGUCUCAAUCCAAGGUACAAUGAAUUGAUAGGACUUUGUGGCAGAGAGUCACCCCUCAGUCAUAUCUUCAGACCAGCAAAAGAUAUUACAGGACUCAGAAUUUCUUUUUAAUUAGUGCAAUACUUUAAAUGUUUGUUUCCGCUUAAUUACAUCUUCAUAAAUAUAGUUUGUCCAAGUUUAACACGGAAGCUUGUUUCCCACCUCUAUUUCCUUCUUUCUCCAACUUCCUUCUGAUUGUAUCUUACUUUUUCCUGGAAAAGCACUUCCUAGCAUAAGACCAGUUGUUUCCUUUCUUUACCUAACCUGACCCUACUUGGACAUGAUUUGGGUUUGUCAAGAUGGCCUUGGCUUUAGCGACUCAAUCUUGAGCUCCUUCACGUGACCAUGGAUGCAAGUGGCACAAAAGAUUUUAAAAGUUUUCUUUCCUUGAGCAAGUGAAAAUGUUCUUUACACUUGGGUUGUCUUUUUGAGUGCCCCAACUUGAAGGGUCCUGGAAAAAUAUUCCAUUCAUUAGAGUAAGACAAGAUAACUGGAUAAUAAAGUCAGGGUGUGUAAGGUAGACAAUUCUUUACCCACUGCUCGGGAUACAUUUAAUAUAUGAGAGCCUUGAAGUACCGGGCUUGGGUGGUCUUAUGGAAGGUGCUUUGCCACUUGAUUUCAUGUAUACUCUUCUUUCAGAGUCAAGUUCUAUUGCUGUUUAGUGUUUUGUGACUGGUGAUUUUAUCGGCUGCUUAUUUUUAACUGGGUCUCAACCUUUUUGUGUAAGUGGGUGGCACCACGGAAGAGGGUGAGCAAGAGGCCACCUGCCCACCUGAGGGACAAGGUGCUACCAGACCCCCCUGGGUUAUCCCAGAACCAAGCAGCCAGGCCACCAGAUUUCAGGGCAGCCCCAAUGUGUGCCUGUUUGAGAACUCAAGAGUCACAUUUUGACGGAAUUAACUUAAAAUCCACCAAACUCACUGUGUUCCUGAACCGCCUUCCCAUUCAGUUGACACUUGGGUCUCCCAUAGAUGUAGCCUUAGGAUAAAGCAGGGAAUGGAAAGUCGCUGCGGUCUAAAAUAGGAAAUGGAAAGUUAGGUACUGAACGAAAAUUUACCGACUUGGAAAUACUCAUAGCAGCUGUGAUGAAAUAUGGGCUGUUUGUAAAUCAGAAACAAUCCCUGUGGUUCUUCCUUCACUCACCAUUGUUUUUAUGUUUUGGGUUUUGGGUUUUUUUGGCCUGCGGAAGUGAGUCUGUUAAGGCUCAUAACAGGAAAAGCCACACCCAUUUACUUUUGUUGCAUGGGUUUUGAUUUUUCAAGCUACUCUUAGGUGCAUGGUAAUUGCAUUUGCCCUUCUUGCAUAUCUUUAUAAAAUUACGUGUUCAGGAGUUUCUGAAUGCCAGUUCCUCUGACUCAUGAGCCAGUUCAUUGUGCUACCGUGUAUCAGUUGCACAAAGUUCUGUUCCCUAUGAUUUCAUCCUAGUGUGAUCUGGGAAAAAGAACAGGGCGGGUCAGGAACACCUGCGCGCACUUUAAUUUGGUGUUUGGUUAUGUCUGCAGAGUUGUUGAAACCAUUGAAGGGAAGGAACACAUCCCACCCACCUCGGGGAAGUGGCCUCUUCUGGCCAUGUCUCCCGCAGCUGCUGCCGAGCCAGAUGGGGUCCAGGGAGACAGGCGUGUCACCAAGCUCAUUUUCUUCCUUUUUGUCGUCGGUGCUAUCCUGCUGUGUGUGGGAGUCCUGCUCUCCAUCUUUGGGUUCCAGGCAUGCCAAUACGAAACCCUCCCAGACUGUAGCAUGGUGCUGAAGAUCUCCGGGCCCGCGUGUGCCGUGAUUGGGCUGGGGGCUGUGGUCCUGGCCCGCUCCCGGGCACAACUUCAGCGAAGUGAGGAGCGCCUGCGAGGCAACCGGGGGGCCUCCGACCGAGCCUUCCUCUGUGGGGAGAGCCGCCAGUUUGUCCAGUGUCUCAUCUUUGGGUUUCUGUUCCUGACGAGUGGUAUGCUCAUCAGCGUACUGGGCAUUUGGGUCCCCGGGUGUGGCUCAGACUGGGUGCAGGAACCGCUGAAUGAGACAGACACUGCUGACUCAGAGCCCCAGAUCUGUGGAUUCCUGUCCCUGCAGAUCUUGGGACCCUUGAUUGUGCUUGUGGGAUUGUGUUUCUUCGUGGUUGCCCAUGUUAAGAAGAGAAACAACUCGAAUGUGGGCCAGGAUGCUUCUGAAAGUGAAGAGAGACAGACCCAGAACAUGGAGCCCGUCCAGGUCACUGUAGGUGAUGCCGUGAUCAUAUUCCCACCUCCUCCACCACCUUACUUUCCUGAGUCUUCAGUUUCUGCAGCUACUCGGAGUCCUGGGGCUGACGGUUGGCUCCCAAAUGAAAGUCCACCUUCAUAUUACAGUAUUUUUAACUAUAGUUUGUCUGCCUUCCAUUAGCUGUCUCAGAAGAUGAAGUAGCAGAGAAGAGUAACUGUGUGUGUGCAUGUUCUCUUCGGAAGGCAGCUAUGUGUUUGUACUCUACGUCUUUUCAAUGACAAGGGGAAUGACAACAGGAGUGAGACAGUCUUAAAGUAACCAUGAGUUCUAAGGACAGGAAGGGGUAAGAAAUCAAAACAUAUCUAUGCAGAAUAGAAUAUGGAAGAAAUUACUCUGGAGACCCUUGCAAAUGUUUCCAAAUGCAUCUAAUUAAACACGUGAAAAGAACCUGGUAGUUAAGGCAUGUGACUGAGUCCCUCUGCUCCCUUUCAUGUUCUCUCUCCUUCUUCAUAGGAUCCCAACUCCUGAGGGCCAAGGCGCAGCCUCCGAGAGAGACGGUGAAUCUAUAUAUACUAUUUCUGGGACUGCUUCAUCCUCUGAGACCUCACACACUCCCUGUCUCUCAUCUGAAUUGCCUCCCAGAUAUGAAGAAAAAG